CGGGCACGCCCCACCCACCACCACAGACCAAGUCCACCCCCGGCAAAGCAAAACCAACGCGAAGGACUCGCUCCGCGUGUUUUUGCAGUGUAUUCACAUAGUUAACUAACAUAAAACAAACAACAAACAAACAAUAACAAAAUGAGCAAGCUGGUGACUUCCGCUGACAUUGAGGAUGGCAAAGUCGAGUUCGACAAGGCCACCGGUGCUAGCACCCAGUACAAGCUGAUCGAGGGUGGCUACGAGGUGAUCACCACCACCCCUCAGCCCAAUGGCACCGUCAAGACCCAGGUGAGGACCUUCUGGGAUCCCAAGCCCGUCAGCGCCGAGGAUCUGGCCAAGGAGCAGGCCAACAAGAAGGAGAUCAAGAAGCGUCUGGGUAAGGAGAUUCGCAUCGAUGAGCACACCACUAUGUUGACCCGUGCCAUCGAGGGUGGCUACGAGGAGGUGUACACCACCAUCAAUGACGAUGGCACACGCAGCACUCGCACUAAGACCUUCUUCGACUCGGUGCCCACCGAGAUCAAUGAGAACACCAACACUCAGGUGAACAAGCUGAAGAAGAAUGUGACCCGCAAGUCAUCGGUGGACUCCACGGACUCCACUGAGUCGACAUCGCGACGUGUGGUGCAAAAGGUGCAGAAGAACAUUGUGUCGAACACAAAUGAUCAACAGUCAAACUAUCGCGAAGACACCACCAUCGAGGAGACUCGUCGCGUCAGCCAGAACAUUGAGAUCACCGAGAACAAUCGCACCGUGCGCAAGAACUCGCUGCAGGAGCAGAGCAUCAAGGCUGUCACUCAGAGCACCAGUGAUGCUGGCAAGAAGAAGAAAAAGACCAAGUCAUCGGCACCUCCACCACCCGCUGACUUUGUGCAGAACGACACUACGACCGUAGCCUCAAAGCGUGUGCCCGGCGGUGUUGAGUACACCUACUCAACGGAACUGGAGUCGGGCAAGACCAUCACCACCUCGAAGACCGUCUACGAGGAGGAGGAGGUUGAGCUCACCGAGGAGGAGAUCAAGCAGUACAAGAAGACCCUCAAGGAUGCUGAGAAGCACAAGAAUGUGACCAGCACCAAGAAACUCAAGUCCGAGUCGGGCACCAAGAAGGUUGUCCCCUCCGAGAAUCCCGGUGAUGUGACCACAGUCGAGACCAUCAAGAUUGAGGGUGGCACCGAGUAUCACUACACCACUGUGACCGCCGAGGGCAUCGUGAAGAAGGCCACAAAGACCGUCUUCGAUCCUGUGCCCAGCACCAAGAACAAUCCCGAUGAUACCGAUGAGGAGGAGAUCAUUGAGGAGUACGAGGAGGAGAUCAUUGAGCCCGGAGAGAAGACGGUCAAGACCAUUGAGACAGUGAAGCAGCUGCCCACCAAGUUCGAAGAGGAAGUGACCAUUACCCAUGAGAAGAAGGAGAAGAAGAUCAAGAAGUCCAUGGUGAUCAGCCAGUAGAGGAGUCAACACACAACACACUCACUCACACACACACCACAUGCACACUCGCAUAUACACUCUCACAACAAGCUAGCUUUUGCCGCGUAUCCUUUUGUUGGCAAUUAUGAAUAUCCCCUCAGCAGCUUUAUCCUUGAUUACGAGUAUUUUGGAAAUGAUUAGAGACAAGUCUUUCGGUUUUGUAAAAUGUUAACAUAACAAUUCAUUUGUAUUACAUUGGAAAUUAUACAACAAAAAUUAGAAAUUAUUGAUGAUUGUUUCACAAUUAACUUAAUUCAUAGUCUACAAAUUUGUUUAUCAAUAAAAAACGUUUUGAGUU